GCACGAACAAGUGCGCUGCGCCGAGGGCACCGGCUGGGGGCGAGCAGAUCUCGAGCAGCCGCCGGCGCCGCAGCCGUUGCUACCGCCGCAGCGCAGUGGGGUUCAGAGGCCCAGAAGGUGGUGACCCAGGAUGUCGUCCACCGCGGCUUUUUGCCUUCUCUCUACCCUGGGAGGGUAUUUGGUCACGUCGUUCUUGUUGCUUAAAUACCCAACGUUGUUGCACCAGAAAAAGAAGCAGCGAUUCAUCAGUAGGCACAUCUCUCACCGCGGAGGUGCUGGAGAAAACCUGGAGAACACAAUGGCUGCCUUCCAACAUGCAGUUACCAUUGGAACUGAUAUGUUAGAACUGGAUUGCCAUAUCACAAAAGAUGAACAGGUCGUGGUGUCACAUGACGCAAAUCUGAAGAGGUCCACUGGGAUCAAUGUAAAUGUCUCUGAUCUCAAAUAUUGUGAGCUCCCACCUUACCUUUGCAAACUGGAUGUCCCAUUUCAGAGAGCAUGCAAGUGUGAAGGAAAAGAUAACCGAAUUCCAUUGCUGAAGGAAGUGUUUGAGGCCUUUCCUGAGACCCCCAUUAACAUCGACAUCAAAGUCAACAACAACGUGCUGAUUAAGAAGGUCUCAGAACUGGUAAAGCAGUAUAAGAGAGAGCACCUGACGGUGUGGGGCAAUGCGAGCUCUGAAAUUGUGGAGAAGUGUUACAAAGAGAACUCAGACAUCCCUAUACUCUUCAGCCUACAGCGUGUUCUGCUCAUCCUUGGUCUUUUCUUCACUGGCCUCUUGCCCUUUGUGCCCAUUCGAGAACAGUUCUUUGAAAUUCCAAUGCCUUCUAUCAUACUGAAGCUAAAAGAACCACACACUAUGUCCAAAGGUCAUAAGUUUCUCAUCUGGCUUUCUGAUACCCUAUUAAUGCGGAAAGCUUUAUUUGACCACCUCACGGCCCGGGGCAUCCAAGUAUACGUUUGGGUUUUAAAUGAAGAACACGAGUACAAAAGAGCUUUUGAUCUGGGAGCCACUGGAGUGAUGACAGACUACCCAACAAAGCUUAAGGAUUUCCUAAAUAAUUUUCCCGCGUAAGAAAGGGUCUCAGAAUUACUCAAAGGAGACAUGACGUGAAAAGAUCCGAGGAAAGGUGUGGCACCAUUGUUUCCCUGAGAUUUGCAGAAUGGUAAAAAGGUUUAAUCAGUUAAGUUCGUAUUACCUCAUUUUAAAGCCUGUCUGGGAAUGUAGAAACUUCUCUAUACUGUAUAUUUAUUUUUCAACAAUAUUGCAUAUUUUACAUUGGUAACUUGUUUUGAAAGAUAACUGGCUAUGAGAUGUAAGUAGAUCAUUGAUCAGGAUGGCUAUAUGUGAUGCAGUAGUCUUCUAUUGUAAAUCUGAAAUCACAGACUAGAGGCCGAAUCAGGCAUUAGCCUUCACGGAGAACAAGAUCAGAUAUAGGAAAAAGAAGAUUAUUGAGCUGGGCAUGGUGAUGUGAGCCUAUAAUCCCAGCACUUGGGAGCCUGAGGCAAGAGGGUCAUGAGUUUCAGGCCAGCCUGGGCUACAUAGUGAGCUCCCCUGUCUUUAAAUUUUUGUAAUUAAAAAAGGAAAAAAUUAUUGAAGGCCAUUGCAGCCUUUUUGAAUUGUCUGGUUACGUCUGGGUGCAUUUUAGUGAAAGGCAAAAUACAGUGGAAGUAGAUGUUUAAUAGUUAGCCGGCAAGGUGUGUGCUGGUGAUAGAAGGUCAGUCAACCCAAGUAAAGUUUGUGACCUACUCAGAAAUCAAGUCUGUGGGCUGAAACAGACUUCCGCAGUUGUGGUUGUUAAUGGGGACAUUCUGUAUGGAGUCUCUUUUCAGGUGCGUGACAAUGCCACCGUGUCUAUUUUUUUAUGUCUUCAAAAAUAGACUUUUUAACUGUAAAUUAAAACAAGAACCAAUUAGUCAUGUUUUUAUGUUUCCUCUAAAGAAAUACACGAUUCUUAUCUUUUGGGCUUGACUUGACUCUUUAAACCUCCAUAGAUUGUAAGUGACAUUGCAGUCCUCGUGACGAUUGGGCUGGUGGGAGCACAGCACCAUCGCGGGUAUUUUUAGUGUGAGCCACCUGCCCUUGACCGGCAGGAACUCAGUCUACUGAGGACUAGCUACCGACAGACUUACCCAAUGUUAGACAUCACUUCCUCUGCUUUCUGAUGUGACUCCAUGUAAAUCUGUUUCUAACCUUUUUGACUAAAUUUCCAUGAUCUCAGAUUGGGAGAUAAGUAUAAUAUGGACUAAUAAAUGUCUUUUGCCUAAAUUAUGUCUCUCGUGUGGGGUUUGCCACAUACAGCUGUGAUGUAUGGAUGGCCUUACGAGAUCUCCCGUCUGUGGCUUUGUUGUUUAAACUGUAAUAAAGUUUUCCAAGAAUAAAACGAGGGGCUUGAUUUUCUUUUA